AAGAAAUAAAAUCCAAUACACAUUCAUCAAACGCACGCUCACUCGGGAUACAAUGACUGAAACAUGUAUGUAUUUUGAUACAAUCGCACGCACACAUGUACACUAUGUUCGACCAAUGAAAACAAGCCUUCAACACAACUUGAACACGAGCAGAAUAAUGAGAAAAAUAGAUUUUUUUCUUCUUUUUUUUGCUCGCACAUUCAUGCAAACGCAAAUAAAUAUACAUACAAACGUAGAGAAGAAGAAACAAAAAUUGUGCAAAAUGUCGUAAACUUCUGAAUAGUACCAAAUUGAAUAUCCCAGCGAAAAGAAAACCAAACAAUCGAGAAAGAGACAAAUACAACAUACAUUAUUGUAUAUUCUUACAAACAUUUAAAAUGCAAAGCGAAUAAAAAAAGAGUAUCAAACAAAUUUCAAAAAAAAAAUUGUGAUGAGAAUUUAGUUUUUUGAUUACAAACAUGUAUUGCGUAUACCUCUAGUUGAAGUAUAAACUAAAAGUGCUUGCUUGUGAUGUGAAAUUUUAUUGUUGAUAAAAAAAAUCAAAGGAUUUUUACUAAACUAUUCGAUAAUAUAUGCAGUUUAUUUAGUUGAAUAAUUUUGAGUGAGUUACGGGAAAAAUACACUCAAUGAUGUCUGCAUAUCGAAUGUUAUGUUUAUGAGUAUUGUCAAAUCGAUGAAAAAGUGACUUUUUUUGUUCAAAUAUUGAAAAAUAGUGCAUUGAAUUUCAGUUUUAUGUUGUUAAUAUGAAAAUUAAAGGAAUAACAAAAGAAAAAUCCAAAAGUUUCGCAAAAGCAAUAAAUAUUCGGGACUUCCAUUUUCGAGUGUGAAGUUUAAGGUGCAGUUGGUCAUUCGAUUCAAAUACUUUGGAUCCGAUCAGUUAUAAAUACAUCAUGGAAUGUGAUGUGAUACCAACGUCACAACAAGAGGUAGAUCCUCUGGGUACUGUAGAGCAUUGUAAUGGAUUGGACGAGGAUGAUGUGCUCUAUUCAGAAUCAUCAAGUCUAAAUAAUGAUGUGAUUAAGUCCGACAACGUAGAUGGAUUCCCCAAAAAUAGGAAAAUCAUAAAUAUAACACCGCCCAAAAGUCGUAAACUGAUAAAUAUAAGAUCAUCGACAUCACCGCUAGUUUCGCAUACAACAACCGAUAAAGAUUCAGGUCUAAGUUAUGGGAACAAACAACCGCAGAAAUUGCUACAAACAAGGAAAGGUGGAGAGUAUCCAGUGUCUACGAUGCGCGAGGUGUUGGCUUCAAUUCCCGGCUUUAGUAUUAAACCAAGGCGUCGAACAAACAAAAAAUUGUCAACUGCUGCUCAAAUUGAGCAAACUCGCGAAGGUUGCAUCGACCUCGAAACGCCAGACUCGAUUUUGGUUAGCUUCAAUUUACGUGAUCUAUUGAAUAAGGAUACAUUUAACGCGCUACCACCGCUUUAUCAAUACAAAUUAGUUCAACUGUUGCCGAGCGUUGAUCGUCCGGUGAUCGAUAACGAAACAGAAACUAUAAGACUGAACUCGUCUAGUUUAACUAAUGAAUUUUUCACGCGUGCUUGCUUAGAAUGGAAGGAACGAUUAGCCGAUGGAGAAUUCACACCAGAAAAUCAGCUGAAGUUACGUACCGAAGCUGAAAAAGAGAAAAUAAAAUUAGACCCAUGGAAAUUGAAACAUUUCGAACCGAUUUGGGGUACAAAAAGUACCAAAGCAAAGCUAACGAAUCGAAUUAGUUCAAAGCGAAGUGUGUCCCACAAAAACGUCGCUGCAACAAAAACAAGUGGUCUGUUAAAAGAAUCGGUGACAAUAGUUAGUACGGUUCCGGAUGCAAAAAAUAAACGAAAAUCACCAUCCACGCAAUCAGCUAUGAAAAAUUCAGACAUGAAAAACAAAAAUGAUCUUACACUUCGAUCUCGACCGGCAGUUAGCUACCAAACAGUUCAACAAACCAAUUCUGCUAAUGAAAAGCAAAAAAUUUUGACAAAUAGUACGGAUCGACCUCUACUGAAAACAACCAUCAGUUUAAAAACUAUUCACGAAUCACAGCAGUCGGAUGAAAUUCCUUCAGCAUCUGUAUCAAAUAACUACACGACAAGUAGUGGACGUAUAGUGAAAAAUCCAAACAACUAUCCAAUUAUUGGUACAAAUAUGCUUCAAUCGCAGAAAAAAGUUCGUAUUGGUGCUGUGACACGUUCACUAAUUUCAUCGUCCGGCUCCAAUGUCAAUAGUUCACUGAGUGCUGGUAAAAUGCACAGUCAAGAAAUGGUUACACUGACACAUCCAAUACAAAAUUCUGAAAAAGUUACAUCUGUUAAGGUGAUUGGACCAACGAUCAUGCCAAUUAUGACUAGCGAAACAAAGCACUUCACAAAGACUGUAAUCAAAUCAUUGGCGUCCGACGUAUUAUCGACGAAAACUAAAAUUAUUAAAGAUAGUGACGAAAGUACGAGCGACCGAACCAUAUACAAAAUUAUCAAUAAGCCAUUUAAUCGUAAUGAGAGCGGUUCAUUAUCGAACUAUCCAGACAUCGAGAUCAUUCGAAGGGAUGAGAAUGCGGUAGGGAAAUCAAUACCACAUGACAUUCCGGCGGAUAUAGAACUCAUUCCGAUGUCAUCAUCGGAUCAUACAAUAACAUUUGGAAAACGGUCCGCAACACGAUCAUUUAGCCCAGAAAACAUUACGAAUAAGCUGACCAAAUUGAACGAUUUCACUGCACUUGUUUCCAGUAGCAACGAAUCACCGAAAAUAUCGAAUGCCAUCACAAUGUCUGCGAUCAAUCUAAAAAUGUUACGUGAAUCUCAAACACAGCGAGCACAGAUACAACAGCAUCCUGUUGAAACUAGUAUAAGUAUACAUGCACACACCGUGACAAAUCCUGAAUUUAAUAGAUCUGAUAGAAGUGGCAAUUUAAAACAUACUAUUUCCAUCUCGACCGUUAAAGCACCACCUCCAGAUGUUGGAAUAGCGAUAGAUGAUGCAAUAAUUGGCGAUGAUCAUGUCCUCAUUACACAAACUGAUUCAAUCGAUGAUAGUAUGAUUGAGGGUGUUGAAGAAAUUAUUGAAGAAAAUCCACGAAAUUCACCAUCUAUCAUUGUGAUUUCGGACGAUCGCGAUGAUCCUGAUGCUCCGAUCGAAAGGGACGCAAAUGAAUUCAUAGAAGAGACAAGUGAUCAACAGUCUGACCCAGUCUAUGAUUAUCAGUUGGAUAUAGAUUGUAAUGAAAUGGCAAUGAUUGAUGAUAUGUCAAUGGGUGUGAACAAUGGUCCAGAUACACCAAUGGAUACAGCACACAAUGCUGAUAACUUAGACUUGAGUUCGGACGACAUAGAUCAAUGCCUAAUCAGCGAUCAAAUCAUCGAAUCUAAUGUAAAUGAUGACGACAAACAGUCAACCUCAUCCCCCAAGCACCACUGGGAUUUUGACAAUAAAACAAGUACAAACAUGUUAGACGUUGGUGUGGACGGCAAUAAUUUGUUGAUUGGAAGCAGCAUGACAAUAUGUGAUGAUAGUAGUGGUGACAAUAGUGCCGACACAAAUGUUGAAGAACUUGAACCAACUAUUCAAAACUUGGACCUGGAUCAAAAGUUCAAUGAUGCGCAAAGUUAUAUUAUUGAAUCGGGCGAAAUUAGUAGCGAUGGUGGAGCUUUUGAUACUGUUCCUGGAAAUGUGCCUGUCACGAUGGCGAUUGUCAAUCCAACUGAAAGCUCUGAGGUUAUACCGAUGCAAGAGAUAUUGAUUGGAAAUGAAUGGAUUGAUCAUACGCAAAUUCAACCAACUGCUGCUGAGCUAUCGGAGCUGCAACAAUCGACAUUAGAUCAACGACAUCUUCAGCAAACAUAUCAAAAAAUGCAACAGCAACUAAUUUUGAAAAAUAAGCCAAUAAUUCUUACAAAUGCGCAACAGAUGAAAUUGGAUCUUGAUGCAUCAAUGGCUCCCGAGAUGGAGGUAACGAGCACAGUUGUUAGUGGUAACUCGAAUAAUUCAAAUGACAGCGAUCACAGUAACGAGAUGUCUACAAUAUCUACCGUUUCUGCUGUUACCACAAAUUCAUCUGUAGUAAAUAUACAACCUGGCACUGAAAAUAAUUUUAAACAUACAUUGGUAUGUGUUCCAACGAUGGUGUCUAUACCAAAUUCGAUAGCACAGCAGUCACAAGGUCAGCAAUCCGAUUCAUCGUUCCAACUAGCACUUGCUCCGUCGAGCAGCAAAAAUUUUACUACAAUCAGAGAAGGUUCAAAAACAACAAUAACUAAACCAAGUAUUCAACAGCAGCAGCUACAACAAAACAUAAACAAAAUGCAAGGAGGCAUCGUUUUUGCAAACACAAUACAAUUGCAGCAAUCGCAAGUACAAGCAAAAUUGCAACGACAAUCAUCACAAACAAAUACAAGCAAUACGCAUCCUUUGACAACACGAACAAUUCAACGCACGCACAAAAUUCAACUGAAUCAGGCCCCUACAGCAACCAUUGUUCAAGCCGAAAACGUACAAAACACAGCCCGGUAUCAGAUACCAAUUUCACAUCGACAACUUGUAACACAUCAAUUGCAACAACAAGUACAACCACAAACACAAACACAACAACAACAACAACAACAACAACAACAGCAACAACAACAGCAACAGCAACAGCAAAUCAUUCAACCAACAAUUAUAAAUUUCAACAAUCGAGACAAUGGAUUAGCUACUAAGCCAAUAGGCGCCGCAGCUACAAAACGUGGACGAGGUAGUCGUACAACAACCGAUCGACCACCGCCAGGUGCUGUCAAUUUGGAAAGAAGCUAUGAAAUUUGUCGCGCCGUCAUACAGAACAGUCCAAAUCGUCAUCAACUGAAGGCACAGCUUCGGCCACCUCCCUCAAUGCUUGCAAAAAAUGUUCAAAUCACAAGCUCAGCUACCACACAAAGUACCACUGUUACGAAAUUCAUUAGGAAAAUCUCCGACGUCGAACAAACAACUGCCAAAACAAACAAAGUCAUGUUCAAGACAACAAAUGGUCCUCCACGCAUCGCAUUUCCAAAGAAAACCACAUUCAUCCAACGUCAGCCAUCUCCUGUUUUAGUGCGCCAUGUGUUUGCCCAGCAAAAUCAACAACAGCAACAACAAAAACAGCAACAACAUACGACAUAUCAGCACAUUCUCAAUAGCAGUGAUAAUUCGAAUAGCAGCAGUGCAAGUAGCGUGGCGAGUGGGAGCACAAGCUCAGCACCCAAUGGCCAAUACAUUCUGGUGCAACGAGCCGGUUUAAUUGCUGGCAGUAGUCAUUCAGCUCCAAGAGCGUCGAGCGCACCUCCAGCACAGAAUCAAAUUCAAGGUGGAACAAGUGCUAUACCAAUCAGCAUACGGGGGAGACCAGCAUCAGUCGACGUUGAUUCGCAAAAUGUUACUCUUUCGGAUGUGCAACAAGUAGUUAACACGAACUCAGCAGCUCAACCUAUUGCGCACCGAAAAAUGACCAAUCAGAACAUAAUAUACAGUGAUAUAAGAGUUGAACCAACGCUGCAAAACUACACGUUAAGUGUUGAGAAUACGCCACCAAAUUGUGCUUGUUCGUUGAAUGCAAUGGUGAUUUGUCAGCAGUGUGGUGCAUUUUGUCACGAUGAUUGUAUUGGAGUAUCAAAACUAUGUGUUUCUUGUAUAAUAAGAUGAGCGUUGUGGAGGGACACAAUCCAAUCAGUAAACAGCUAUGUUUUUUUGUCAACAUUAUUCAAAGGCAUGAAUAAACACACGCGCACACACACACACACAAAAUAAGAAUAAUUUCAGAUGAACCAAUUUUCAUACGAAAUUUGAAUGAGCAUCAAAACCAAUACAGAUUUUUGUGGGGAUAAUUUAUCCUGAAUACAUUCAAAUUUCGGAAAUUUCGAAAUUGAGGUUAUGUUUAUUUUGUGCAUUAAACGUUUGUUGGAGGGUUGGAAAAAAUCUGUAAUUUGUAGACAAAUUUACAAUAAAUAAAUAUUGCAUAAAACCAAAUCGUUGGGCGAUGCGUACAAUCGAA